AUGGCCACAUCAACUUCCAAGCUCCAGCACAAAAGCUGGACAAAAGGACCAUAUCUGAUCUCGACAGAUCCGUCCUUGAUCCCGGUCCAAACCCUCAACGCCUGGUUCGCAACCGAGGAAGUCUACUGGGCCCACCCAAUGCCAGAAGAAGCUAUGCGUGAGGCCUUGCUUAAUUCUCUCUGCUUUGGCAUGUACUUCAAUCCCAGCGCCCAAUUGACCCAUACCGCAUCGGAUUCACUGGAUCCAGAGUUCAUCGGUAUUGCGCGAUGCAUAACGGACUUCACGACAUUCAUCUACCUAACAGAUGUCUUUAUUCUCCCCUCGUAUCAAGGGUCCGGACUAGGGACGUGGCUUAUGAGCUGUGUGCAGGAAAUUAUCGAAGGCAUGCAGUAUUUGAGAAGGUCUUUGUUGUUUACUGGGGACUGGAAACGAUCUGUUCCGUUCUAUAAAAAGACUAUGGACAUGCACGUUAUGCACAGCAAACCGCCCACCGAGGGGAAGGAUGCCGAGGGUUUGGCUGUCAUGGUGCGACUGGGGAAGGGCGCUCCUAGCUAUCAGAGAAAUUUGAAGAUCCUCUGA